AUGCCUAUCAGAUUCGACGACACCGAUUAUAAGCUGUUGCAGCUUGGAGGGCUGAUACAGUCUUCCAUAGCGCAAUACGUAGCCCAGCGCCAUGCCCCCGGAAAGCCAGAAGGGACCCUACCAUCUAGGCCUGUGUUUGAGGCGCAGAGGCAGCUGCUCUCGGCCGCUGGGUCUCUUGUAGAGCUGGUCAGCGACCCGUCUAUGCGUCUCGUCGAGCUCUCGAUGCAGUACUUCGAGGCUCGAGCUCUCCACAUUGUCGCGGAUAAGCGCGUUCCCGACAUACUAGACGAGAACGGAGAGAAGGGGCUGGACAUCGAGACGCUCGCAAGUCGGGUCGGAAUCGAGUCAAGGAAGCUCUCUCGUGUGAUGCGAUGUCUAUGCUCCAACCAUGUUUUUGCCGCAGUAGGCGACGACGUGUAUGCCAACAACAGGGUUUCGGCAUCACUGGUUCAUAAUGAGUCUUUGCGCGCCUAUAUUAUGCUAUUUGCGCUCGAUAUCUAUAGUAGCUCCGCGUAUCUGCCGCACUAUCUCAGCGACCCGAGCAAGGGUGCGUCCUAUGCCGUGGAGGUAACCCCGUGGCAAGACACACUCAGGACGCCGAAGGCUCGGUGGGACUGGCUGGAGGAGCGAGUCAAGUUGAGCGAUGUGCAAGCAGGCCGCCACGGCUCUGGGGGCCAACUGAGCGCCUAUCCCGGCGUUUUCGGAUCUGAAUUUGAGAAACUGGUCAAGGAUGCGGCAGCGAACGCCACCGUAGCUCGCCCGGAGCUUGCCAUUUUCGGGCUUGCGAUGCUUGGGGGUGGCAAGGUUCUGGGUCAGGCCCAUCUAUAUGAUUACCCCUGGGCAUCCCUCGGAACAGCCACGGUGGUAGAUGUUGGCGGGGGCGUUGGCGGCUUCAGUAUCCAGCUCUCCCGCAUAUAUCCGAAACUCAAUUUCAUUGUCCAAGACCGGGCGCCGGUUUUGAAGCAAGCCGAGGCUGAGGUUUGGCCCCGCGAAAACCCAGCCGCGAUAGAGGCUGGCCGGGUUAAGUUUGUCCCCCAUGACUUCUUCCAGCAAAACCCGGUCGAGAAGGCCGAUAUUUAUUGGCUGCGCUAUGUCUUACACGACUGGUCCGACGAGUACUGCGUCCGCAUACUAGCUGCGAUCAAACCCGCGAUGGGGCCACGAAGCCGGAUAUUGGUUUGCGACCAAGUCAUGAACACCACCAACGGAUUCCCCGAAGUGCCCUCGGCCCCGGCGCCUUUGCCGGCCAACUUUGGCUACUAUACACGCUGGUCCCACCAGCGCGACCUAGCCAUGAUGUCGAUUAUCAAUGGUAUCGAACGCAAGCCAAGCGACUUCCGUGACAUCAUCGCUAGAGCUGGCCUGCGCAUGAGUAGGAUCAUAGAUUGCAGGAGUCAGGUCGGGCUGGUAGAGAUUGUACUCCCAGAUUCGCAGCUGUAG